GUGGUGGGACCCACGCAAAAGAUUGGAUGACUGGAUACGAACGCGAUCAGACGGCGAGACGUACUUCGUGAGUAAAUCGAAACCCUUGAUAACUCAGUCUAUUAAGUAAUUUUGAUGAUUGAAAACUUUUCAAUUAAAACACUAUAGCUCUAACUUUUUAGUUGAUUAUAAACUCUGCAAGCUCUUUAAAUUUUCUAGCUAUGAUGCCAUUUCAGCCUCCCGAAGUCCGCGAUCGCCCUCCGGGUGCAGGAGGCUUGGCAAUACAACCCAAUUGACGGGAAUGGGAUAACAUGAACACCACGAGCUAAACGGGACAGUGAACAUGAAUCAAGAGAUCCUUCCCACGUCCGCAUGUUCCAAAAUAUUUCUUCCCGCUCUUCAGACGAACUUGAACUCACCAUUUCCAUCAAUUCUCCUCCGGUCCGUUUGUCCAAUUCUUCUCCAUCCUAGUUUCUGAAACUCUCCCAGUACAAAAGAUACAAAGUACCCAGUACCUAACCCCAAUUGGGCUUUGACGCUCUAGGCUAGCCUCUUCUGCCCCGCCAAAAAAACUCGGUCAUUGUUCAACCACCAGAUCUGACGGGAGAGCUCGCAACUCACCAACGAGCGCGUUGAAAAACGGCGGGCACGGGCACAGCUUAGAGCUUGCAAAAGUUGCCAACGCCUGUCGCGCGGCACCUCCAACUGCCACGGCGAGUACCAUCGCGAUAUCACUACAGUAUCUCGACGCCAAAGAUACAGACCGAGUACCUGCCGCUGCGCCAACUCGUCACAAUUGAAUUCCCCACGAACGAGCCUCUAUAUAUCCCACCUCCAUCCAUCGUGUCUCCCCCUCACUCGGUCGAUUAUUCGGAGGCGUCUGACAAUGAGUACACCGUCAAGACCAUGCUGAAGUCGUUACCACAGUCCCGUUCUCCGUCAUCUCCAAGCUUCCACUAUGCGCCAGUCUCUCAAUCGCAACCCUCCUCUCCUUUAUCUCGAACCAAUUCCAAGUCCAGGUCGCAAGCGCAGUUGAGCCACCACGGUGUCGUUCACAAGACGUCCUCUGGUCAACGGGUACGAUAUGUCGACGCUACCACCCAGUGGUCGACCCCAGUCAUGAAAGCAAAGAUGGACCCUCCUCCACUCUCAGAGCCAGAGCCGAUGAAGGAGGAUAAGGGGAAGGGAAAGGAACUGGCUGUUGCUGCGUCGCCAGCUAGGGGUGUUGUACCUUUGGAAACUGUUCAGCCACCAUUAGAAGCGUUUUCUCCUAGCAUGAAAAGACAAACUAGUGAACGGCCUUCUACCAGUAACCUUGAGAGCCACAAAAUCACGCCUAAGCGAGUGCGGCCACCUCAGACCAAGAUCAAAUUAUUGCCUACUAGAUACGAGUUUUGCGAGGUCGAAGAUAUGGUUGUUUUAAUUGCCAACAUGAUAUCAGAGUUGAUCCAUACAAACGAUGCGCACGAAAAGCGUGGGGAUCUUACGAGAUUCCACUCCAGGUAUGCUUGAGCAGUUUCGUCCCCAAGCGAUAUUGCUAACUAGGUUAAAGAACCCCACCCGGGAUAUCGGUACUAGAUUACCUUCAACGACUAGCAAAGCACGCCACUCUCACGCCCCCGCUAUUGUUAUCAAUGGUGUACUAUAUGGAUCGAUUGUGCUUAUUGUACCCCGCCUUCACUGUUACAAGCCUUACGAUACAUCGUUUUCUGAUCACUACAGCCACGGUUGCAGCCAAAGGGCUUUCGGAUUCAUUUUGGAAUAACUCGACAUACGCACGAGUGGGUGGGAUCAAGGUAGCAGAACUAGGUCUGUUGGAGUUGGAGUUUCUACACCAUGUGGACUGGAAGAUCGUUCCCAAUCCCGAAGCUCUCGUCGACUACUAUCGAGCUUUGGUGGAACGUUCGGCUGAGUAUGAGCUGGAAGAUGAUUCAAGCUCACUUGAUGAUGACGAUGAUGAGGAUGACAAUAGCAAUGAAGAAAUUAACGAAUCCAAGAAACCAGAAAUUAAGCCAACGAAAACUGAUGUGGAGUGGAAAGCAUGGAUGGAUGAUGUUUCGACCAAGAAAGCGGAAAACCCAGAUACCGAUAAUACCCUUCAAGGAGGAACGAACGAUGGAGAAUCGAUUAAUUGA